UCAAAAAGAAAGAUUUGUUUGGUCUUUGAUAUCUUCCUGUUGGUAUCUUCUGUCUUGGUUCUGGUGCUACAAUUGUUAAUGGGGUUCAGAACUUGUGGACUUCACAGGUAACAUGCAAUUGAUUUUUUAUCUUCUCCAUUUUUCUUAUUUAUGAAAUUUAGCUGCUCCCUUGCUGAGAGGUUUAUUGAUUUUUAUGCAUGUUUUCUUCAGCCUCCUGGAAAUAUUAAGUAUGCAGCUUUGGUGAUUGGUGGUUCAUUCAUUAUUGAAGGUGCUUUCCUUGUUGUGGCCACAGGUGCUGUUAGGAAAGGUGCAGCUGCAGAAGGAAUGAAAGUGAGAGACUAUGUCUGGGGUGGUCAUGAUCCCACAUCUGUUGCAGUUGUGACAGAGGUAAUAGUAGUUUGUUCGCCUCUGGUUGUUUGAAGUGAAGUGGUGAUAAUACUUCUAGCAUCAGCUUAUGUCUCAUUGAAUGUGAGACUAGAUAUAAAAAUUAUUGACUGGUGGUGUAAGAAAUGGUAUAUUUGAGCUAUACUUUUAGCAUCUUGCUUCAUCUCAUUUCAGGCACAACGUACACCUGAAACACUAACCAAAGUACUGAAGGGCAUUAUAAUUUCAAUCUCCUGAAUCCAUAAGGAAUGAACUGAAAUUGAAGAAACCUCCUGCUUUGAAAUGCUUCAAAUGCAUUGGAGAGAAAUCUAGAGAAGGAAGUACUAAAUGUUCAUGGAAAGCUUAUCCACGUUUGAGAGCAACAUCAAGUUUAAUCUCGGAAAUUUCUGUUUUUUGUUGUAGUUUAUAGGGCUCUCUUUUGUGCCAUACCAUGUCUUAAUAUCAAGAAGCCCCAAAGAAGUCACACUUAAUGCCUUUAUGGACAUCUUUUUCUCCGAACUUUUUAGGAUUUUGAGGCAUUUACUUUUCCUUAAAAAAAAAAAUUUUUUUUUUUGGGGUUUUCAUCAUCUUCUUGUUUUGCUCCUAUCCCCCUCCCCACUUUCGGAAGCUGUUACGUAAAUUACAUCGCUCGCUGUGAUUAUCAAUA